UUUCAUUCCAUCUCGGUCGUUAGCUGCGACCCCUUUAGUCCAAGUCAGAGUAACCAUGCCUCGUCGGAAACGACAGCACUCAGAUACCUCAUCCGACUCUGAGGGAGAGUAUAUACCUCAGAAUAGUACUGGAAAACGUAGCAAGCCGAACAUUGCUCGAAAGUCAAGUAAACGCUUGGCUGCCAACGCGGGCGACACUGAGCCACUUGGACCAGAAGACACCCCGUCAUUAUCGAAAGCAAGGCCUCACUCUCGGACACUUCACACCAUCUCAUCCUCCAACGAUAUUCGACGUGCGUUGACGGCCUGGUACGAUGGCGUUCGGGAUACUCGUGGUAUGCCUUGGCGCAAGCCAUAUGAUGCGAGUUUGGGCCUCGAAGAGCGAGCACAAAGGGCUUACGAGGUCUGGAUAUCUGAGAUUAUGCUACAGCAGACACAAGUCGUUACGGUUAUCCCAUAUUACAACCGUUGGAUGCAGCGAUUUCCCACAAUCAAGGACCUAGCUGCCUCCGAUAUAGACACCGUCAAUAGUCUAUGGACCGGGUUGGGAUACUACUCUAGAGCUGCUCGUUUACUCGCAGGUGCUAAAAAGGCUGUCUUAGAGCUGGAUGGACGACUCCCGGACAAAGCCAAAGAUAUGGAAUCCAAAAUACCCGGCAUUGGUCGCUACAGUGCCGGUGCGAUCUGUUCCAUAGCGUACAAUGAACAAGUACCCGUGCUAGACGGGAAUGUGAAUCGUCUUUUAAGCCGUGUGCUUGCUCUCCAUGCCCCUCCGAAGAGUAAAGCAACGCUCGACCUUCUAUGGGCAGGAGCUGAGGCUAUGGUCCGUGGCGCUCUUUGUCCUGGUGACGUCAACCAGGCUCUUAUUGAGUUGGGUAGUACUGUGUGUAAACCGAGAAACCCAACCUGCGGUGACUGUCCAGUGCAACCUUGGUGUACGGCCUAUCAGGCGGCUAACAAGGUGCCAGAUGCGAGCACUCUGGAUAUUGAGGACCUUUGUACUCUCUGCGAGCCUGUAUCAUCUUGGGGACAAGACCAAUUGGGGCCUGAUGUGACCUCAUACCCGAUGAAGAUAGAACGCAAGAAGCAACGUGAAGAACAAGAUAUAGUCAACGUCGUGGAAUGGAGGAACAAACACAGUCGUUUCUUCCUCCUCAUACGACGUCCCGAAGGAGGGCUUCUCGGUGGACUUCACGAGUUUCCAACUCUGUCUAACAUUGAUGCAACAAUGUCUCCAUCGGAGAUCAAGAACGUCCCUGCGAGGUUGUUGGCUACACUCUUGAAGGCUCCGCCCCAUUCUCUUGCCGAAGCCGUAGUCGCUCCAUCUGAUCCAGUCACAUCUAUGGUUGUGCAAAUCACGCCCGCCGGGGAUGUUGUUCACGUCUUCUCACAUAUUCGCAAGACAUAUCGUGUUCAGUGGGUCGUUCUUGAAGGUGGAGAAUCGACUCCCCCCGAGCUUGAAGAACGUUUGCCGGUGCCUGUAGAAGGGCUAUCGAAGAAAAACUUGCGUAAACCGAAAGCGACCACCAAGUCGAGUAGUUCGAAAGAGUAUGUGGCCCCGAGGCUAGAUGGUGCGCAGGAACAGAAGGGUGGUGAUGGUGAGAAGUCCGUGAUGGCGAUGUGGGUGCCGUUGGAAGACGUUGAAGGGUCAAACAUCGGCACAGGAGUCUUGAAGAUCUGGAAGCUCGUUAGGUCUCUAUGGAGCGACGUGGGCAACUAG